AUGCGAUCUAAUACCAGGCAAUUAUUUCAUUACAUAAAACCUAAUCUGCAUUAUUUCAUCAUCUUCAGCUUUAACUAUUCUCCUUGUUGGCAGAGGCUUGAGCACAACUUCACCGCUAAGCUAUUAGUUACUAUAUUCAUAGUUUUAGCCAUUUCUCUCAGUGCAUUUAUUAGAUUGUAUUUCAUUGGGAUUGGCAAUGAGAAAGUUACUGCAAGAAUAGAUGUGACUUAUAUGGUAAUAUUACUGAUUUGCUUAUAUGGUAAUAUUACUGAUUCUUUGAGAAUACAAGUGUUCAAGAUGUCAUCUAGCUCAACUCAGCUCAGCACUAUUACUGAUACCUCU